AUGGCUCUUCUUUCAGGAUCUCCAAACCCACCAUUGGAUGCCACCUUUGAGAUUAGUGACAGUAAUAAUCUCAAUGACUGGGUUGUUCUUAAGAAUAGUAGUCCAUGUAAUUGGACUGGAAUCAGUUGUGAUCAAUCAACAUUAUACAUCAAUUCAAUUGAUCUUGCCGGACUAACAAUAUCCGGUAAUUUCCCGUUCAAAUUCUGUAAAAUUAAAUCACUUCAGAAUCUUUCAUUAUCUGAUAAUUUCUUGAAUGGAAGUAUCUCUACUAGACAAAUUUCUUCUUGUUCUAAUCUUCAUUUCUUAAAUCUCUCCAACAAUUUACUUGUUGGAAAUUUGCCUGAGUUUGUUCCAGUAUUUAGAAAUUUACAAUGGUUAGAUUUGUCAAGAAAUAAUUUCUCCGGUGAUAUUCCUUCGAGUUUUGGUGCUUCAUUUCCGAAACUUCAAGUUCUGAGUCUUUUUGGAAAUCUUCUUAAUGGAACGAUUCCGUCUUCAUUAACGAAUCUUAGUGAGUUAAUUCGGUGUGAGAUAGCUUAUAAUCCAUUUACUCCAGGUCCAUUACCAGCUGAUAUUGGAAAACUAAUUAAACUAAAGAAUUUAUGGCUUCCUUAUACUAAUCUCAUUGGCGAAAUUCCUGAAUCAAUUGGUGGAUUGAUAGCUCUUGAGAAUCUUGAUCUUUCGAAUAAUGAGCUUUCUGGUAGAAUUCCUGAGAGUAUUGGAAAGUUGAAGAAUGUUAAGCAGAUUGAACUGUAUUGGAAUCGGCUUUCUGGUGAGUUACCUGCAAGUCUUGGGAAUUUAUCAAAUUUGAUUUAUUUUGAUGCGUCAAUGAACGGUUUAAGUGGUGUAAUACCAGAGAAAUUUGCAGCAUUGCAACUGAUAUCACUUGGGUUGAAUGAUAAUUAUCUGGAAGGUGAGAUCCCGGAGAGUUUAGUUUCGAAUACGAAGCUUGAAGACCUGAAGCUCUUUAACAACAGAUUUUCAGGUGCAUUGCCUGGAAGGUUGGGGGAGAAUUCUAAUUUGGAAGAAUUUGAUGUUUCGGGUAAUGGUUUCAGAGGUAAUCUUCCUUCUUUACUUUGUAAUGGCAAGAAACUGAAACGGCUUAUUGCAUUCAAUAAUAAAUUGUCAGGAAAUUUUCCAGAAAGUUAUGGAGACUGUGAUAGUCUUACUUAUAUUAGGAUUUUUAACAAUGAGAUGUCUGGGAGCAUUCCUGUUAGUGUUUGGAGACUACCCAGAGUUCAUUUGUUAGAGAUAAAGAACAAUAGAUUUGAUGGUGUCGUACCUUCUGCGAUUUCGGGGUCUCGAAAGUUAGCUCAGUUGCGUAUAUCUGAUAACCAGUUUUCGGGGGAGUUUCCUGGGGGAAUUUGUCAGUUGUCUGAACUUGAAGUUGUGGAUGCUAGUAGAAACAGGUUUUCGGGGGAACUACCUUUGUGCAUUACGGAACUGAGGAAGUUGGAAAAGCUUGAUCUUCAAGAAAACAUGUUUUCGGGUGAGAUUCCGAGUAAUGUUAGCUUGUGGAAGCAUUUAACAGACCUUAAUUUGUCGAGAAACCGGUUUUACGGGGAAAUUCCGAGUGAGCUGGGGAGCUUACCUGAUUUGAAUUAUCUUGAUCUUUCUGAAAAUUUACUGUCUGGUGAAAUUCCGGCUCAGCUGACAAACUUGAAGCUCAACAAGUUUAAUGUUUCAGGGAAUAAUCUGGCAGGGAGAAUCCCUGUUGGUUUUGACAACACUUUUUACCUCCCUAGUUUGAUAGGCAAUCCAAAGCUAUGUAGUCCAGACUUAAAACCUUUCCAUCCAUGUCCAAAAACCAAAUUCGCUACUUGGUUUCUAGUAGGGUUUUUUCUCGUUGUGUGUUUACUACUUCUAUUAUCUUUGUUGUGGUUUUUGAAGAGCAAAACUAUGUCGAUUGGUGAGAACAUAAAACCUUUGUGGAAGCUAACCUCAUUUCACACUAUGAGCAUCAGCGAACGUGAAAUAUUAGGUUCUUUAACUGAAGAGAACCUUAUCGGAAGCGGUGGCUCUGGUCAGGUUUAUAGGGCGAGACUCAAAACAGGUCAGUCAGUGGCAGUUAAGAGGCUCUGGGAUGUUAAUGCAAAAAUGGGAAGACUAAGCUCUUAUCAGUCAGAGGUGGAGACCUUGGGACGGAUUAGACACGGAAAUAUUGUAAAACUGCUGCUCAGUUGUGCCGGAGAGGAUUUAAGAGUUUUGGUUUAUGAGUACAUGGAAAAUGGAAGCUUGGGUGACGUUUUGCAUGGAGAGAAAGGUGGAGUUCUAUUGGAUUGGCAGAAGCGGUUUAAGAUAGCAGUUGGGGCAGCCCAAGGAUUGGCAUAUCUUCAUCAUGACUGUGUGCCGGCUAUCGUGCAUCGUGAUGUGAAAUCGAACAAUAUCUUGUUGGACGAGGAGUUUUCCCCUCGCGUAGCAGAUUUUGGGUUGGCCAAGAUGUUGCAGCUCGAGGAAGGGAAGGAAGCAAGUGCCAUGUCCCUGAUUGCUGGUUCUUAUGGCUACAUAGCGCCAGAGUAUGCAUACACCAUGAAAGUGACAGAGAAGAGCGAUGUGUACAGCUUUGGAGUUGUGUUGAUGGAACUGGUCACGGGAAAGAGACCUACUGAUUCUUUCUUUGGGGAGAACAAUGACAUGAUAAAGUGGGUGACAGAUGCCACUGCAACAUCUGAAGAUCACUGCUUGAAUUUGCGUCACCUCAUGGACACUAGAAUAAAUCCAUCUUCAAGUGAUUACACAGAAAUGGAGAAGGUAUUGAAUGUCGCACUUCUUUGUACCUCUGCAUUUCCCAUAAACAGACCCUCCAUGAGAAGGGUCGUUGAAUUUCUUAAAGAUGGUAAGGAUAUUUGUUUUCCUCCCACAAGUCCUAAAUGUUGUAGCACUACAAGCUAG